AUGGAAGGAGGUGUAAUAUUGAGGUACAUUUGCAUCGUGGGUUUGUUUGCAAUUGUAGGCAAUAAUUGGGGGUUCGAAAUUGAAGGGGUUGAUGGGGCUGGGGAGUGUGGGCAGCUGGACCCGGAGGUGCUGGCAUACAAGCUAGCACCCUGUGCAGCCGCCGCACAGGAUAAGAAUGUGGAGGUUCCUCCCAAUUGCUGCGCUCUGAUGCAGAAGGUCCGCACAAGCUGCCUUUGUGCCAUCAUCCUUUCUAAAGAAGCUAAGAGCCUUGGGAUCACUCCUGUAGUUGCCGUCACCAUUCCUAAACGCUGCAAAAUUGCUGGACGUCCUAGGGGUUACAAGUGCGGAGCUUAUGUGGUGCAAGCAUGAUGAGGCGUAGAGAAGAAGACCAUUUGGCCAUGGCCCGCGGCAGCUAUGGUUCCCAAGUAACUUUAUAGAUAACACUCUUGAUGAUGUGCCAAUCUAGCUUACAAUGUUUAAUUAGUAUGGACCUUGAAGAAACUUACUAUUGGUUAAUAAAAUGUUGGUCCAUGAAA